GUAUUGUUAUCUGUCAAUCACAGUUUACUGCGUGCUGUCAAUCUUCUUUGUAGAUUAGUGUAGAUUAUACAUUAUUUUGCGGAAUAAUUAAUUACAAUCUGUUGUUCCGACGGUCGCGCGCAUGAAAUCAAAUGUAACUUAAUUCUGAAAACAUGAGUGAGUCAUGUGUAGAAACUCCUGAAGCGCCGGCUUGGUUAUCGAAACUUGAGAGCCAACGUGAGAAGCUGAGCAAAGCCCGGCUCGGGCAUGACAGCGGCGCCGGUGCUCCUUGUAAUUCUUGUGGUCCAUCAUGCCCUGGGCUAGACCUGCACUUCUGGCGCAAGGUGUGUCGCGCGUGCCACUGCAGUAAAGACGUGCACGACGUCCAGGACGAUGACCUCUCCGGCUGGGCGCAGUUUGAGCUGCUUGGGACGGCCAAGCCCAAGAAAGCUUCCAUGCCCCUUAUAAAGAUUCGUGGAGUGACAGACAAACCUGUUAAACUUGACUGGGUGCCUCCAAAUGCUUCUACUGAGUUGGUGUCGGAGUACAUGUCGUGCCUGGGCUCCCUGGCGCCGGUGUCCGGGUCGGACGCGGCUCGCCGGCGCCGCGCGCAGCUCCGCACGCAGCUGCCGCCCCACGACGUGGCGCCCGCCAUCCGCAACCACGCCACCGACCAGGAGAAGUCCGAGCACACGGAAUACAUUACGCGCAUCAAAGAGAAUGUCGUCGGUAUGGGUAACGUGGUCAGAGUGGGCCCUCUUCAAAGCGGCGAAAUUUACUCGGUCGAGAACAGCAAGUCUCACUCUGGUACCAAGUCCUACGCUCUGCCUUUGAAGAUAUCCAACGUUUCCAGGGGCGUAAAGUACAACAUUGUCCCGAAGAAUGCUUCAGACAAGAAACUGGUUCUUGACUCACAAGGAAAUGUUGUCAGCAGCGCUGCCAACUUGCCGGACUACAAAAAUAGCCCAAUUCUCAGUCACGUCGUUAAAGACAAGCUCAACGUGAUGCGUAUCGAGUCUGACAGAAUCAAAAGUGCUAUCGAGCACGGUCCUGUCUACGACAAACUACUUAAAAGCCUGAAUGACUUAAACAUUCCUGUCACAAAUGAUGUCUACUUACAGCCUAUCAAACUCUUCCGUGAAGAGUACAACAAGAAUCCUCAAUUUAAGGAGGAGACCAAUGAGUUCGCCAAGGCUCUCGGCGCUCACGCCAUGCCGGACCUUUGGCCGACCAGUAAUAAUAAUGUUCUGGGCACCGCCAAGAUGCUGGACAGCAGGCUCCAAAAAGGAACUAUUUUCGCUCCCAAUGGUGAAAUUUGGAGCUGGAAGCACGAACCCACCACUCCCGAGCACAGUGGUACAAUUUGCUCUACAAAGAUCAAUCCCCAGUAUUCUACAACUACUAAACCGCCUAAUCAGGUGGAGCCUCAGCAGACGGCUCCUUUGAGGGACUAUCUUAGGAGCCAGUCGGAAGAAGACUUGCCGCCGCCUCCGCGGCCCAACUACAGCACCUACCCGGGAGCCGCGCCGCCGCCCGCAGACUGGAACAACCCUCCCGCUCCCGACAACAUGAGCUAUCAAGUCUCACCACAAGACAGCUUAUAUGGCGAGCAAAUAGAUCCAAUCAUUGACCAGCUCUCUGAGAUGACUCUAAACCCUGCCGAAAUGGAAUUCAACAGGAAACUCUACAACGAGGGGGUGCCGUGUCAACGCUGCCAGAAGUCUAUGUUCGCCGGUGAAGUCGCCGUGAAGGCGGAAAGAGCGGGACAAGAGGCUAUCUGGCAUCCCCAAUGCUUCACUUGUAGUAAAUGUGGCGAGCUGCUGGCGGAUCUCGUGUACUUCUUCUACAAAGACGAAAUUUACUGCGCCAGGGAUUUGGCUAACGUGCUAGAGAUUCCCCGCUGCGCCGGCUGCGACGAGCUGAUAUUCACGCGGCCGUACACCGCGGCAGAGGGCCGCGCGUUCCAUGUGCAACAUUUCUGUUGCUACCACUGCGACGCGCCGCUCGGCGGGAAGAAGUAUGUGCCCGAUGACAAGACAGGUUUACCCAUAUGCUUGUCGUGCUAUGAUCAGUUCUAUGCGGAGCGCUGCCGUGCAUGCGGCGGCGUUAUUGGGCCCGAGCAGCAGGGGGUGUCGUGGAGUAACAUGCACUGGCACGCCGACUGCUUCAUAUGUUCGGGAAGAAUGUGCGGAAAGAGCCUCUUGAGCGGGCGGUUUGUCGUCAAACAGGAGAUGCCGUUCUGCAGCGUUCCUUGUGUUCAGAGUAGGGUUAAAUAGACUUAUACAUAUACUACAUCGGAGAUUCUAUAUGCCAAUGUAUAGAUAGGUAUUUUACAUGAAAUUUAAAACUACUCAAAAUAUAUUAUUUAUGUGAUGAAAUAUUACUGGGGCCAAUUAUAUGAUAUACAUUGUAAAAUUAUAUCUUUUUUAUGAAGGGUUUUUGCUGUAGAAGUAUUAUUAUACAUGAUAUUGUGUAGGAGUUGAUAAUGGGGUGUAGUAAAGUAAGCCAUGUAAGUUUUUUUAAAACAAGUUGCAUAAUUUACAGUUAUAUAUUUUUGUACUGCAUGUUUAGGUAAAUGACUGCCUAAUGAAGUCACUAUAAGCUGGGUAUUCAUUUAGCAAGCUACUACUACUACUUUACUACUACUACGUUACUAUAUAUAAAGUUGUCAAUUAUUUGUAACAGUAAGCAUGCAGUAAUCUGUUGUAACAGCUUUUGCUAUUGGGUAUCUGGCUUGUGAUGUUUAGACAAAGUAUUCUAAAGCCAUGGCAAUCUAUGUGAUAGAUAGUGAUAUAAGAGAAACUUUAUGUUAUUAUCAUUCCUUGAAAAGUGCCAUUGUGAGGUAUUUAUGAAUGUUUUGGGAAGUACAAUAAAAUAUAUAUAU